GACUUUGUAACUUACACUCAGAGUUUACUUGUUGGAGCUUGCUUGGUGAGUUUGAGUGGUGACACAGCACUGUCAAGUUUGAAAGAAAGAAAAACAAGAAGAAAGCAGCACUUCAAUAAAAAAUGAACAAGUUUAAAAUUUGAAGUUGGAGGGAGGGAGAGAGUUGAGAGAAGAAGGAGUAGGAAGAUGGAAAGAAGAGAAAAAGGUGAGAAGAGAGAAGGAGGGUUAAUGGUGGAAAAGUUGAAAGGAGGGGUUGUUGUGGGAAAAAGAGGAGGCCCUUCUACUCCCCCACCCACAUGGAGACAUGAGUUUCCAUCUCAGCAGAAUGAGAAUGGUAAUAACAAAAACAAAAACCAGGUUCAAGAGUUCCUCGACUUUCCCACCUCAACAACUCUCUCUGCCAGAAAACUCUGUGCCAAACUCUGGCAAAUUCAGCCCCACCAACUAGCCCCACUUCCCAAAAUGAACAAGCCGCCACUCACCCUCCGCCGCCACAAUAGGGACACACUUCUUAAGCUUCCAAAUCUUAAACAGUUGUCUGAACCUCCUCAUACUCACCAGCCAGUAUCUGCAACGGGACUGAGAAGACAUGUUCAAACAUCACUUGUCCAGCACCAUAGAUCUGCUAAAAGAAAUGGUCGCACUAAACAGCCUGUAUCCCCUCCUUGCUACAAAAGCUCAAUGCAAGUGGCACCGUAUAAUCAUGUAAAUCCUAUAAGUUCCCUAGAAUUCAAGGGUUGGAUUACAGAGUCAAGUCGCAACCCUAAAACAUCCAGAGAGUUACUCAAGGUACUCAACCGUAUUUGGAGUCUUGAAGAACAGCAUGCAUCAAAUAUAUCAGUAGUGAAAGCCCUGAAAAUGGAACUAGAACUUUCUUGGGCACAGGUUAAAGAGUUACAACAAGAAAAGCAAUUGAAUAAGCGUGAUAUGGAGAACUUAAUGGAACAAAUAGCUGAGGAGAAGCUUGUUAGGAAGAACAAAGAACAUGACAAAAUUAAAGCUGCAAUUCAAUCUGUCAUGCAAGAGAUAGAAGAUGAAAGGAGGUUAAGAAAGCAUUCAGAAAGCCUGCACCGGAGGCUGGCUAGGGAGCUUUCUGAAGUGAAGUCUUCAUUCAGUGGUUCUCUGAGAGAUCUUGAGAAAGAGAGAAAAACACGGAUCCUUUUAGAGAACUUGUGUGAUGAUUUUGCCAAAGGAAUAAGAGAUUAUGAAUACGAGGUACGCUCUCUUAUGCCCAAUAAUGCUGAGAAGGGUCAAGUUAAAGGGGACAGCCUUGAUAGGCUAAUACAUCUUUCAGAAGCUUGGCUUGACGGGCGCAAGCAAAUGAAGUUAGCUCAAGCUGGCCAUGAUCUCCCAGAGAUAGAUUCAUCAAUUGUUGACAAGUUAGGUGUUGAUAUUGAAACAUUUCUUCAUGCAAAAAGAUCUUUUAACUCCUCCACGAAGGAGCCCAUGCAAAUUUACCCUUGCCUACAUUCAUUGGACAACAACAACAAAAUUGAGGAGGUCCAUAAAGAAAAGAAGGGAAUGAACAAUUCAGCGAGGAAACAAGUUGUUCAGUCCAAGGAAAUCACCGAGGAUUGUAGCGAGUUGCAAGCACAUGUGAUGAAGAGCAUGUUGUCAUGUGAUGAAAAUGAGAGUUGGUUUGUUGAGAGGAAAUCAAGUGAAAGCACAGCUCUAUUCAAUACCCCUGGGGCAUCAACUGUGGGUGAGGCAACACAAGGUCAACCAGAAAGUAAUACAUUAUUAUGGACAAAGAAAAUGAAUUCAAGUCACGUAGUUAGAAACAGUUCCUUGUCUUCGGAAGGCAAUGAUAAUAAGGUUUAUCCUGAGAGUAUUUUCAGGGAAGAUUCAUUUGUCCAUUCUGCAGUUACUGGUAAUGGUAGUCCAGUAAAACAGUGGAAAUCUACACUGAUUAUCCCAGAUUUUGACAAGUCUGAGUCUUGUUCCAAAUUGCCUACAAAGGACAACAACACAUUGAUGGCAAAACUGCUUGAAGCAAGGUUGGAGAGGCAGAAAUCUCGCUCCAGAGCUAGCAUUAGCAAAAGAGAAGUUUCUGAUGAGAAUCAUGGGAAUGUGAGUGGUAGCUGUAACGGUAUAAACACUUUGAUCUUCUGUCAAUAAUCUACUGCAUAUCACACUCUUAAGUCUAGAAUUAACCUAUUUUUGUAAACCUCUGUCGUAUCCUAAUUUUAUAGUUACAUGGAUGAAGAACAUUAACUAUUUACCUGCCAAGGGACAAAGUAUUUGUAAACAAGUAAUACAAUUUUUCCUUUAGUUUCUCA